GCCGCCGCCGCCGCCCACAGCUGCAGACCGCCGCCGGCAGUGAGUGCACGCGCACAGACACCCGCGACGUCCGCGACGCGUGCCGUCCGACCGUCCGCCCGUCCGCUGCCGACGCGACGUCCGUCCGUCCUCGGCGCCGGGCCUCGCGACAUUUGUCCUCUGACGUAUCGGUCAGUGCGGGCACAGUGCCAGAUCAACGCUGCCAAACUCGUAUCCCGCCGUACGUCAAAACUACCCCAAUAGUAUGCAGAUUAAUGUGCCGACGCGCGCCGCGCUGAACAGUCCUCUCGAGGUGGGUGUGCGCGUCUGUGAACAGUGAGAGACCACCAGAGCCGGACAGUGGAUGGUUCGCGAGCCGAGCCGGCUGUGACUGAGUCAGUGACUGCGUCUGUGACUGAGACUGUGGAGUGGUGCGGCGGUGCCGGGGUGGAGGGUGACUCUGUGAGGAGGACCCUCUGCGAGGAGGUGGCGUCCCGGUGGCGCGGGGGUGAGGUGGGCCGACCGGUGGCACCCCCCGCGGGCUAUGUGCAGACGUCCGGCGCGCCCGCCCCAGUGAUGGCAGACGAGUACGGAAUGGACUACGGCUUCAUGAACGAGCUGCAGAUGUCGCACGCCGGCUUCGCCGAGCACGUGCAGCCGUCGGCCGUGCCGCAGGGCCACAUGAUGUACGGCGCCGACCCGGCGCUCGAGGAGAUGAUGUUUCUGGCGCACCCGGGACCGGCCAAGGGCGGUCAGCUGCACGCCGCUGCCAGCACGCCCGGCAGCCCGCCCGAGACGCCGCCGGGCAGCUCGCCGCAGGCCGGCCUCACGCCCUCGCCGUCGUACGCGUCGCUGCCGAGCCACGCGGCGCCGGCGCAGCUGCCGGCCGGCUACAUGGCGCACCACUGCGCCGAGAUGGAACCCAAGCCGCUGCGGCUGGACGAGCCCGGCUGGAUGGGCGCCGGCGCCGGCCUGGCCUACCCGCUGCCCAAACAGCCGCUGGACCUGCGCGCCACCUGUGCCGGCGAGCUGGACCCGCGGUGGCUGCAGCACCAGCAGCAGCAGCAUCAGCACCAACAGCAGCAACAGCAGCAGCAACAACAGCAGCAGCAGCAACAACAGCAGCAGCAGCAGCAGCAGCAGCAUCACCACCCCCAGCAGCACGGCACAGUGAGUCCGGGCAGCGCGCAGCAGCGCGGGUUCGGAGUGGGACUGUCGGGCGGCCGUGUGUACCUUCCGCCAGCUCCGGGCGGCCGACACACACCCGAACACCUCAUCAUCGACGACGAGGAACUGGUCUGCAUCACAGUUCGAGAGCUCAACAAACGGCUCAACGGCCUGCCCAAGGACACGGUGGUCAAAAUGAAGCAGAAGCGACGCACCCUCAAGAACCGCGGCUACGCGCAGAGCUGCCGCCAGAAGCGGCUGAAGCGGCAGAUCUCGCUCGAGUCCAACAUCCACAGCCUGAAGGAGACGAUAGCGCAGCUGUGCCACGAGCGCGAUCACUACAAGAGUCUGGCCGAGCAGCGGGCCAAGGAGCUGACGGCGGCCGCCCUGCGGCCCGUCAAACACGAGCGGCCCGGCGAGGAGGCGCGCCCGUCCCCCGAGCGGCCGCCGCCGCCGGCGCCGGCCGACUUCUACCAGCCCAGAUGAUGGUAAGCGGCAGUGCGGCGGCCCAUGCCGGACUGCCGGACCACCGUACAAACGGCCGGCGGGACGCGGCGGCGCCUCUCCGCCGCCCCUCCUGGCUGUCAUAAUGUAAAUAUACCUGGCGGCGACUCGACGGCCGCUGGCGAGACUUUAGUGUCGCGUGCCGCCGGCCGACGCGGCCCGUCGCGACCGGCGCGAGCUGUCAGCUGCGGUGAGGUGUCCACCAGACGGGGCGCCGCGGGCUCGGACUGACACAGAGGGUCACUGACGAGAGUGGGCGCUGCGGGGGCGUGUCGCCACUGACCUCCGUCAAUGUCAGACGCGGCGAAUUCGGAGGGCGUCCGUGGUAUGUUUCGGGGCUGUAAUUACGAAUGCUCUGUCCCCCCAGAUGUGAAACUAAAUCGACAAAGACGGUCUCACUAAUUUACCUUUUUUGCUGUCUGAGAGCAUACUUUCUUGUCUCAUCUCCUUUGCUUUCUUCUCCUUCAUUUCCUCCUUUCAUGUCUGAAAUACCGAACUUAUCUCUAUCCUUCCAGCCUCCGCCACCGCCGUCGCCUCUCUGUCUGCCACCUUGUUUGUCCAUCUGCCGCCGGGACCUGUCAUGGACUCCGCUCGUGCCAUGUCUCCCCGGGCGACCACCCGACAGGCCAGGCGUGUGGUCUGUCCGACGCGGACAGGGCGGGUUACAUCAUUCACUCGUCCCGGACCGCCGCGAUCAGCCGGUGGACUCACAUCGACACCCGCUCCUGUGUUUAUCGAGGCCUUGGAGACGCGGCGCGGUAGCAAUCCGGUAACACUCUUUUUUACCGUGUUCGAUCACGCCCGGCGAUCGUGGUGUGCGAACUCUGGGCUGAUGAAGGGACACGAGGUCAAUAGGGGAGCGCGACUGCCCCGGCCUCCGCGGUGGUGCAGGGUGGCGUGCGGAUGCCGAUACCAAACGGGCGAGCUUGCAUAGCGCGCUUGUUAAUGCCGGUGCCGAUGUUUUGCGGAAAUCUGGAUAGCGUCACCGAAUUAAAUUCAACUGUUAAUCCGGCUGGUAGUUUGAUUGGCCAAAGGCUGUGGUUUUUUUACGGCAGCGUUUCGAGUUGUUUGCCUAACUUGAUGCACUGGGCAGAGCUGGUAGCGCUUUGCGAAUUCCCGAAAUUCAGAGCCAGCUGAGGACCACUGUUAGUAUAAACGUGGCUCGGUGGUUACGUGUUGUGUUUUCGGUCGAUACUCGGACCAGAAACAUCGUCGCGUCUGGCCAGCAUCAUGGCAAUGACCUUGCAAGGUUCGGGCGUGCUUAUUCAGCUUUCAAAUAUUGGCAUUGUUUGCAAAUUCCUCGAACGGCUGACGCGCAUCGCGACAGCGAUACUUUGAGGCUCAUCCACUGAACGUUUGUAGUUUGGACGUUUGCUAAAUCAAUUUUCCAAAACUAUCGCAUAGCUGGAUAGCUCAACACCUGUCAUCGAUUUCUUUGGUGCUUUGAAAGCAUAUUUACCUACCAUUGGAGACCUAGCUGAAGUUGGCGUCAGUACCUAUUAGCGCGAAUCAAAAAUGUUAAUUAUGUAACUAUGUUGCUAGCGGCUGAACUUUGGCCGUACAUAUGCCACCCAGGGGCCUGUGGUCAUUUUGGGAACUGCCAGGGUUUGACAAGCGCUCACAUCAGUCAAGCUAUCCCAAAUCUGUCAUUCGUAUAACCUUUCUCGAUAGGUACGUGCUGCCGCCAUUUUUUAAUACAUAUGUCUUUUAUGAACGCUGCUCGACUGAUAGCUUUGACGUUUGCUUUCAGCCAUGACUGUUCGUUUUGUGCCAAAAAUUAGACUGCAACAGCUAAACACUUGUUAAAAGAGUAGCAAAUUAACGUCUAAUGGUUUUUCUACCCGAUGCUAUCCAAACACACGCGCACUCCUCCCUAAAACAUAGCACACUGCUGCUAAGCUCGCACUUCUCUGGCGCCUUCUAAUCGUCGCUGACCCCCUAGCCGACCCCGGCUCCCCUCUCAGCCCGCGCUCUGCCCACUACUCGCUACCCUGUCCCAUUCCCCUAAUUAGCUGUGAAAACUGGCCGCGUCUCCCGUCACCACCCGUCACCACCUCGUAACGUCGACCAUUGUGGCGGCCGUGACGAUAACCGGCGCGGUGUUUGCGCGUCAUGUGACACCGAGCAAUGUCGGCAGUCGGUACUGUAACGUCGUCCGUUACGUCACGCUCGCUAUAUUGCUUUUUGUGGAGAGAGGGGUGAGCUGAGCUUCCGCUAGGUCAGGCGUAAGAGCUUACUGAGGGGAAUUGUUAUGUAGUAGUUAUGCUGCUGUAAUCUGCCUAUUUAUAUGUCACAAGAUGUUUGGCUUUAAUGCACAGGAAAGCACCCGAUAUGUAUCUGCCGUUAUUGUAUCGUAGGAUUAUCGAGCGAGCGACAGUUGCGGAUAUGCCGUGCGGGAUAAUGUGCAAUGGCUGUCUUACGCAGAUUGCAGUCGAUGUGUGUUAAUUAUUUCCCGAACUUGCCGUCCGCACACCGUCAAAAAAGCGUUCUCUGUGUGUAGACCGUCCGUGUGAUGUUUUUCGACCCGACUGAGCUAAGGGCUGGUUCGAUUCCGCCCGGUCUCGACUUUUCGAUCCGACCGGGCACGGUCUAUGCUCGGCUCUGUCGCAUCUGCUCAUUGUAUGUAUAACGAUCGCUGCGCCGUUUCAUAGUCAGAUUUGAAACGAACUUCUCUCGUGAGCGAUGUUUGCGGUCGACGUGAGGCGCAGCCCCUCAUGAUAAGCUAUAGGUACUACGCUGCAGCCAGUCAUGUGCAAGCAGUUUGAGGCGGCCCAGAAGUGUCGCUGUGUGCUGUAUCUACAUAUUAUAUAUCUGACAGUGCGUGUAAACUGUGCUCUCUCGUCGUUUUGGAGGCUGCCGGGCGGUGACGGCUAUUCGCCCGCUAAGUGUUGACGUGAGCUUUCGCCGGCGUCUGAGUUUUGACGAGAGCUGCGCAACACAAUGUGUUGUCUAUGAGCAACUAGUCUUAUUUUGCAGACUAUUCGUGAUAUAUCUAGCCAGGCGAGCAUUCCGAAGGGUGUCGAGAAGAGAUCGCUCGCCCUGCCGCGGCGCCGGCGUCGGCGUCGACAGAUAUGUUGGCUUAUUUUUUACUUUAGAGCCGUGCAGCAAUCACUGGCAAUUGUAAAGCUCGGUGUGAGGUUUCUUUCAAUAUUGAUCCUGCUCGCUGGCCGCUGUUUCUGCCGUGUAACUGUGUGUGAUGGAAUUGUGACAUACGAAAACAAAGUCGUGUAGGCAAUAUGUGAGGCGUGGAAAGCGACUUGCGCCAAUGUAAAAUGAAUGUGUCAAUAAAUAUAGGGCUAUUAUGAGGUAGUAUGUUUAGACUGUUUAGAAGAAAAUAAACGAUACAGUUAAUGUU